GAUCACAGCAUGACCCGUCGUCUGCCUUGACGAGUGUUUGGCGGGUGAUAAGUCAUUCAAAAUUCAUCUCACAGACUAAAAUAAGGAUAUGAUUUGAAUUGAGGACAGUGAAGUUACAGUUGAUAAUCAUGGAUGAAUCAAAAGACAACAGUUGGUUGAGCAAACAGAACGAGGCUUUGCUUGAAAGUCAAUAUCCACUGCACACUGCUAUUCGUGAUGGCGAUAUGGAAAGAACUGUGUCUUUGUUGAAAACAGGACGAUUUGAUCUAUACGAAGAGGACGGAUUUUACGGAUGGACACCUGUUCACUGGGCAGCACACUUUGGAAAACUUGAUAUCCUGAGAAAGCUUGUGUCAAUGUCGAAAGAUGGCUCCCCAGUUGUGCAAUCGAAUCGAUCCCAGGUAACUCCUGCUCACCUGGCUGCAAUGUCAGGGCAUCCCCACUGCUUGCAGUGGGUCCUUCAGGCUGGGACUGAGCCUAGUAUUCAGGAUUACUGUGGGGAGACACCGCUACACAAGGCUGCCAGAUCAGGCAGUAUGGAGUGUGUCAGUCUACUGGUGGCACAGGGAGCUGCAAUAGGGUUGAGGAAUCAUAGUGGUCAUACUGCCUCCCAGGUAGCCUCCAUUGGAGGGUACCCAGAGUGUGCUAUCAGCCUGGAGAAAUCACUACAGUUUCAACAGCAAUCCAUGGCAGCCAACAUUGUCCAGACUCACACCUGCAAUAAUAAUAACACUGAAAUGUUGUCUCAUCACAUGAACGAUGCGAAUAGUGAGGAGCAUCUCGGUGGGGAUCAACAUCCUAAUGGGGACACCGAUAUGGACACUCAUUCUGAAGAAUCUAUGCACAAAACACAUAUGACUGGUUACCAAGUUACCAAUGGCGUUAAUAUGGACCAGAACGGUUUCUGUGGAAUGAAACGGGGAAGAGAUGAAUUGGAAGAAGAGGUCUUCAAAAGAAGGCGAUGUGAUGAGCGGCCUUCACACCAUGUUGAGGCCACAUCUCACAAUAACAAUAUACUGAGUUCAUACAAUGCUAUUCUGGCCAUCUCCGCCAAUCCCAGCGCUACGUCAGACAGUCACUCGCCAGAAGCAAGAGUUAUCCCCCCUUGCUCCAUGGACCCGGAUGAACCUUCCCACCCUACCAAUCCCAUGCCUUCGAGUGGAUGCUCUUCCUGUCAUGUGAUCAGCCAGAAUCAAGACAUUCCAAUUCCCACCCAAGCCAGUCACCCAAGCAAGCUUUUGUGAUAGCUGAAUCGUCCAUUGACAUGCAAGUUCCCUGCAGCAUGGUUGAGCACCACAAUACCAUGGUGGUGCAGGAAGGUUAUGACAGUGUCCUAGUCAACUCUUUUGCAAGUCAACACUAAAUAUUAAUAGUGAAACACAGAUCAAGGUCUCAACAAAUAUUUGUUUCCAAGCAUAGUCAUUGUUGGGAAGAUCAUGUUGCCUGAAUUUAUAGCCAGUUUAGUUAUUCUGGACAUUCAGAACUAAGGAAGGCUUGUUGUUCAGGUGCAAUGUCAUCCCUGCCAUUUAAUAUGCAUAACUUAUUGAUGUUUAGUAUUUAAACAUUUAUUUAAGGUCAUGUUUAUUUAUUUGUGUAGGUGGGCAGUGGGGUAGCCUAGUGGUUAAAGCAUUCACUCGUUAUGCCUAAGGCCUGGGUUUAUUUCCCACAUUUCGCUGUGAUAUUGCUAACAGUAGUGUAAAACCAUACACACUAUUCUAUUCAUGCAGGUAAUAGUGUUACCCUUUAAUAGAGCUGUGCCCACUCAUUUGUGAACUUACUUUAGCUGGAAUUAAACCCAAACCCCAAAAUGGUAGUUCACUUACCUAAUUUGGUGUGAAGACCGUGUUCAUCACGCAUUGGAAGAGUCCAUUAAAAAGCGGACUGGUUGAGUCGUGCUCUAUGUGUAAUUGUUGAUGUGCCACUUUGGCUGUCCCAUGGGCCAAUAUUUUACCCCUGCAGUUUCAACUGCAUUGAUAAUGCACAUCCACAGCUUCAAUUGUCAUGAUUUGUCUGAAGUUUGUUCAGCAGCAACUCUUCAUCAAUAGCUGACAUCAUGGAGAUCAGAUCAGAUCCUGCCUCGCAGUCUGUAAUCCCAGUUAGGGUUCUAGUUAGUAUGUUAAUCGAUAUCAGAAACAGGGAUAGUUCUGUUGCAUAUGUUCCUUUGUGGUAAUUUGCAAGUUGGUGUGUGUCUUUUGUAAUCGUAAAGAAAUCUAUAAUGAGUUAGUAGAUGAGUUCAUGUAUGUUCAAGAAGGUGACAUAAUAUUGCAUUGAUGGACAAAUUGGACUUUGUGAUGGAAUGUUUGUGAUGUUAUAAGGCUUUUGAUGUGAGGUCUAUUAGGGGUGAUAAGAUACAGCAAGGUCACGAUAGGAUAUGUAUUGUGAUAUUUACGUCAAAUCAUGUGGACACUUCUUGACUAUAUUUCAGAGCAAUUUCAAAAGAAAAGCUAGCUGUUGACACAUGUUCGUAGUGGCAAUUUUGAGUAGUGAACUUAAAACACCAAUUACAAGACAUUUUGCAAUAUUUGACUGAUAAAAAGUGUGGGGGGGUGUAAUUUUUUAGCAAGUGUAUCGUCUUGCAUCGACACAGUAAAAAAUGUAUCGUAUCAUGGCAUGAAAACUCAUGGUGCACCGAUGUAUUGUUUCACCCCUAGGGUCUAUAUUUAACCCAGUAAUUGAAAGAUGAUGCUUUCAUUGCUUUCAUUUCAACAUAUUAUGCAAACAGUAACCUGCAUAUCAGAGUGAACCUUGAAUUAAAGUUUUUCCAAGAUGUGUCUUUUGGAAGAGUAAAUAUUUCAAGAAGCACAAUGUGACUCGUGUCAUUGUGUGUUACAAUUUAAUGGACGUUCAGUGCUGCAGAUUUUUUUUUCUUGCCAAAAUAGCACUAACAAUAUGUGUUAUACAGCUUAUUGUAAAGGCAUAGUAUGUAUGGCAUAGCAUUUUAUUUAUUCAAACGUAAGAAUUUAACUUGGUAAUGACUCUAAUAAACAAGUUAAGACGUCUUUGCCACAUGUAUGCAACAUUUUCAUGCACAUGCAUUUAAUGGAGGGAGGGGAGCAGGCCCAUGCAUUUGAUUUAUGUUUUGUCUAGGAUUGGAAACAAAACUAUUUUGGUGAGUUUACUGGCCCAACAAUGUUAACCAAAACAUUGCCCAAAGACAAAGAAUAUGUAUUUUUUAGCACAACAUUGGCGUUGCUAUUAAUCUUGUAUGACCAUAUGAGGUAGCCGUGUUGAAGAAAAUAAUUCUUCCGGAACUAUUUUGAAUUUUCCAAAGAGGUUUAAUUGAUUGUGUUUUGUAUUUGUUGUGUGUAAGUUAAUGUAAUAUUAAAGUGCUCUAUUUUUUAUAUGUUGUUGAAUUUGAUAUGUAUUGUUUAUCAUGGUUUUUUCAUGCUUGAAAAUUAGUUUUACCAAGUUAUUUGGCAAUAACCAAUGUUAUGUCUCAGAUAACACUGAUUACGAUUGCAGUCAGAUUUCUCGUAACACGUACAUGUAUAUUGCCAAAUCAUUUGGGUUUGUUGGCACAUGUUAUGCAUUUGAACAAAUGCUUGAAGUAUUUGUAAGGUGCGCAGUCUUUGAAAGUAAGGGCUGAAGGGGUCCUUGUCAACACUAAUGUUAAAAGUUUAUAAUUUAGGCGUCCUUUGAUUCAAAUACGAGCAAGCCUCAAGGUGAUCCCCACCCCAGCCCUGAUAUUUUGACACUGGCAUGGUAGAUGCAUGCAGAUAUUAAUGUACUUAUGCCAUAAGUCUGCCCGUUAACCUUCAAAGUGGUAAACUCUUUUCAACAAGUAACUUGAGAAAUAUUGAUGGAACAUAAUGCACACUUAUUACUUGUAUUUGUCUCAAUAGCCUACCUUGAACAUGUCGUAAGAGGUGACUAACGGGUGCUGGUCAGGGUUGCUGACUUGGUUGAUGCAUGUCUUCAUAUUCCAAUAGCGUGGAUCGAUGCUCAUGAUGUCAAUCACUGGGUUGUCUGGUUACGGACCACUGUCAUAUAGCUGGAAUAUUGCUGAGUGAGGUGUUAAACAGCAAACAAAAAAAACUUGAACAUGAUUGUAUCUCGAGUUCCCCUUUCUAGUUUGGCACGGACACAUGUACAUAAUAGGAAAUGUGUACUGGUUCUUGUGUGGAUCAGUGACACGGUCCUUUAAGUUAUAUUCCAAAGAACAUACAAUUAAAAAAAUUCUGUAUUCAUCCAUAUGCCAUGCAAGACUAAACCCAUUGGUGCAAACACAGGAAUGUCGGGGAUAUUGAUGACACUCUCAGUGUUAGAAAUUGGCUCUAGUCCUGUAGUCCUUGCCAAACUGCCCAAUAGUUAAGGUGUCAUAUGGACUAGUAGAAACUUGCCAUUUUUAAGGGUUUUGCUAUAUGUUAUCAUUAUGAGGUCUAGUAGACUAAAAAUGUUAAGUUUUUUACUGCUGCACUCCUGUUUUAUUCAUGGUGUCACAAACGGCCACUACAGCCUUAGUCCAAUGAAAGGCCUCUGGAUCCUGCACACUAAUGUGAGGGCUCUUGAUCACAGAUUAUUUGCCAAAUGCUGGGUUGCCUUUUAUUCAGUACUUGUUUCACAAACCGCAUAUUUCCAAUAUUGCAUCAUAAUGUAUGAGUUACAAUUGAACUUGUUUAAAAGAAAGAGGUAAAGAACUUGUCAAAAGCAGUAAGAAAUCCCAAUCAAGCAUCAUGUUCAUUGUUUUAGUAUGAAGCCAAGCCAGUUCAUCAUAUUUUAUUUUUUAUGGACAACUUUAAAACAUGGGAGAAAAUAUGUAAAUGCUGUUGGGUUAAAUAGCUUUUAUUUAGAUUUAGAAGACUAACACCUUUUCAACCCCCUUAAGACAAAGAAAAUCUCAUAAGAAUUUAAUUGGUUUUGCGUUAAGUAGAUUUUCUUGUUCCAUUAUUGACAAAUGAGAGUACAAGCAUGACUGAUGUAUGUCUGAGCUGGUGGUAUGUCCCUCUGAUAUCCAUGCUACGUGAUGUGCAUUUGUACCUUGCUUCAUCCUUGGUGAUCAGUGAGUCAUUUUGUCUCCAUUCCAUCAUGAUAUCCAUGCCCUGGACACAUACGCCUACAAAGUUUCAUUGCGGAAGAGACGUCAGGAGCACCAUUUCCCUCAUUGCUAACCUAGCACAUAACGUGAGUCGCUUGAGAUCAACAACCAAUCAAACUGACUAUUCUUAAUGACAAACUGGCAUAGAUCUACCUUCAAAAUAGCUGCCUUGAUAUAUUUCAAAUAAAGAAUUUUACUACGAACCAGAAUGAACUUCAUGCUGGAAGAGAUGAUUUUCUUGAAUAUUAAGAUGGGGAGGGAAGUCUGGGGAUUUCAGCGCCCUUUACAGCUUGAGUUGUAUACUACCCAGGGAGUUGAGAAUAAUAACUGGAAUGCGACUGGAUCUACUGGUCGAGGAACAAAUAAAACCUAUAUCAUGUUAUUUGAUUGGAUGGCUUUUUUCAGUUAGUUGAACUGGACUUACGAAACACGAAGCUUUGGUGGUAAAUGAGUUCAGGGUAUACCGAAUGGAGAUGUAAUAGGGUGGAUAUCGGGGAUGACCCUGCUGUUGUGUUGUUCUUUCUGUUCACAAUAAAACUAGUGCUUGUCUCUUAUUGUUUUGCUUUGAUGAUCACACCUCUGUCUCUUAUAUUAGAUCAUAUUCUUUUGACAGUGCUUCAGGUUUAUGCUUGUUAAGGUUCAUGACAAGUUGAAACAAUUUGACAUCAACGGUUUUGUUCUUUCGCACUAUUUAUUACCCUGGCAUAUAAUGCUGGGGAUAUGGUCAUCAUCUGGUCUGUCUGUCCAUAUUGCAGUCUCUAUGUCGUUUCCGGAGCAUAACUUGAAAACUGUUAGAGAUUUUUCAUCCAAACUUGAUACAUGUAUGAAACAGAGGCUGAAGUGCUUUCUGCUAUUUAGGAAUUUUUUUUAAUUUUAUUUUUUUCCAUUUUCCAUGGAAAUAAGUAAGACUUAGCUGAAACAGGGGUAGGUGUUGUUUUGGGAACAGAACUAAAAAACUAUUAAAAAUUCUUCAUCCAAACUUCGUAGAUGUAUUACCGGUAAUCAGGGGAUAAGCUGUUUUUAUUUAUUUUUAUUUUUUAUGAAACAAGUUUACAUUGACUCUGUUCUCAUUGGUGUGUACCCGACAUAGAAAUACAAAGUUAUGAAUCCCAAUUCCAUGAUAUUGUUAUGAUAGCUCACUGAGUACUCUGGUAUACGGACAGACAGAUUAGAUAGAAAUUCUCUCAACAAGUUGGACUUACUGUAACAGUCAGAUGAUUUCUUCUUUCAAAUUUGUUUGGGCCAGGGCAUUUGUCAUCUUCUGAUGACUGUUCUUUAUCAGUUGCUUUUCUGUAGUUUUUUGUUUGUUUGUUUGUUUGUUUGUUUGUUGUUUUUUGUAUUAAUUAGUUUCAUGAGUUCCCCACUCAAACUGUGGUGCUUUUGACCUUACUGAAGCUUAUUUUUAGUUGUGUCAAAUAAGUAUUAGGAAAAGAAACCCUUGUUAUGAAUAAUUGUGCUUUGUUUUUGUAGUUUUGAAGUGUUAAUAUUUUUUGGCUCAGUGUUAGAUUUGGUGUCCGGAUAGUGAUUUUUAGGAGUAGUAGUAUUCAGUAGACCCACAGUACUACAGAUCCUGUUAUCUCAAAGUAGGCCGAGUCUUCACAGCAUCAAAAUUUGAGAUUUAUGUAACAAUAGGUGGUGGUCCCUACAUUAUAUGAAACUGUUUGUUUUUUAGUGUCAUGAUGUUACAAAUUUCGUUUGUGCUGUUAUGACCCCAUCUAAAACUAGUGUCUCGAACAGGUGCUUGUUAUCUGGGGAUGCAUAAUUCUGUAUUCUAGAAGGUUAUGAUAUUAUUUAAAAAACUGUUUAUUUGUUUCCUAUGAAAUGCAUGCGACUCCCUGCAUAUUGAAACAUAUCUUUCAGAUUUGAGAUAACAGAAAUAUAAUGUAUACAAUUUUCAUUUGGUGUUACUAGAAAAACAACAGGUCCCAUAUGUGUAGGAGAUAGUAAUCUCAUACUUGUGUGUAGAUGUGUUCAUUUGUUUUACCAUAUUUGUUAUUAUGUAUAAGUAAGUGCAUAUCGAAUGCUCUUUUAUGAUUCUAUAUAAGGUUGGUUUUUUUAUCACUUUUCAUUUCAGUUUUUAGGUACAUAAUUAGGAACGUAUGUUUCAGUGAUCUACCAUGCUAGCUUGUUGUUUGUGAUUGCCUCAGUUUUCAUGUAAUGGUGCAAAGUAAUUGAUCAGGGAAAUAAUAAAAUGUUGAUUGAAAUAAGUAAUAUAUUACUCUCAAAUCUAUCAAGACGUGUAUCAUACAGUGUACAGAUCUGAUUUCCCCUCUGACUGUUCAUUGUUUCAUUUUCUACAUGCUUGUGAAACAGACCCUAGUAUGGUCCCACUUGCCAGUCUAGAAUUGUACAUUUUUGCAAUUCAUUAAAAUCAGUUUUCUCUC